UCAUCGCACUCAGUCUUAGACCAACUAGCCACAAGCAAGACAAGCACCUUGAAACAGUAUAAUUCAAAAACCAUUACCAAAGAUAAACUCUAAAGCACAGUGGCAAGAAGCAUCUGCAACUACAGAACAGCCAAUUCCCACUUUACUGGAAAGACAAUCAUUCCAGUAACAAUGAAUCUGCCGACUAAGUCAGAGGUGAUGGGAUGGAACUCUGGAAACUUGGCUGACUAUCUCAAAAAAAUGAAACUGGUGGGGUGUGACCGAACAGUGAAGAAAAGCAAUAUGAGUGGUGCAAGAUUCUUGAAUAUGACUGAUAAGGAGCUUAAAAUGUUUCCUACGCCACAUAUUCCAUUUAUCACAAAAAUCUGCAAAGACAUUAACCAGAACAACAAAGAAAAGAAGAGUCUGUUUCAUAGAUCAGAUCAUCGGAAGCCUCCAAACCAAGAACCUACUCCAGGAGGUUGGGAUUCUGAUGAAUUUGACCAAGAGGAUAGUGACAACGACUACGAGGAGCCAGAUAAUAAUGAGUUUGAAGACAAUUACAUAUGUGCAGCCUCAGGUGACACUGCAGAAAAUGUAAACUCUGACGAUGACUAUGAAGCGCCUCCUAGUGAAAUACCAUCAGAAAUACCAACUCACUUUCGGGCUGCCAAGCCUAUGGGUGAUGGUGAUUACAUAGACAGUGGCCCACGUGGUUCUGCAAGACCACCCCAGGACAACAGUUCAGGUCGGCUUCCCAGAGGGCUUUUGAAUAUCUCGAAGCCUCCGUCAAGACCAGAUCCUUCUCCACAUAGACCUUUCAUUCCCCCUAAUCAAGCCAAACCUACUCCAGCAGUGCCAACAGUAGAUCGCAGUAAGAAACCUGGCUCAUCAAUAAAACAAACUGAGAAAUCAGCACCUAAAAAACACACAUCAAUGGCUACAAAACCAGCAACAUUACCUACACAAAGAUUUAACAUGCAACAGAUGGAUGACUUUCCUCCUCCACCUGUAGAAGUAAAUGAGAAGAUGGAGCAGGACAUGGAUCCACAAUGGUAUGUGGGGCAAAUAUCACGAGGAGAGGCCGAAGUCUCACUGAGAAAAGUGAGAAAAGAUGGCACUUUCUUGGUAAGAGACAGCUCAAAGGGCUGUGAAGAACAGCCUUACACACUCAUGGUACUGCACCAGCAAAAAGUGUACAACAUCCAGAUCCGUUUCCUUGGAAACAAGGAUGGCUAUUCCCUAGGAACAGGACUAAAUGGCAUCGAGAAUUACUCCAGUGUUACGGAGAUGAUCAUGCACCACAUGAAAAACCCAUUGUUUCUGAUUGAUGGACUGGACCGUGGAGCUGGAGCUCAGAAUCAGUGCUGUCUCAUGCACCCAGCUGGUUACUGACCCACACAGAAGAAAACCAAUAAACAUUAUGAUGAACAGAACUUUUAUGAAAUGUAAUGUUUCCAUUGUGUAACAGUUUAUUUAAUCACUCAACUCUCAGUUAAAAAAAAAAAAAUGAAUAAAUCAUAUUCAAUAUGAUUCAAUCGGACAGGACUGUCUACACUUGUUACAUUUAAGAUAAAUAU